GAACUGCAGCAUCAUAUUUGUCUACCAUACAGCAGUCUAUUCUACUGGCACAUCUUUUGGUUGUUCUAUCAGACUUGAUUGAGCAAGAAGAUAGGGAGAAGGCGAAAGAGAAAGACCAGAAGCCGCAAAGGAAUAAGUUCUCAUUCUAGUCGAACACUGAUUUUCUCUUAUCUGCUUCCUCACUCCUUCUUCUCACUUGCUUCUGGGGUGUGGCAACUACCAGACUCAAUAGCCCCUUUGAUUAUUUCACUUCCUUUGGAUAAGUAUUUCCUUGGAUAUCGUCACAGCCAGUACAAGAUGAACGCACCGGACCGGUACGAGUCAUUCGUUCUAGCGAAUGGCGAGAACAAGGUUGAGAUGGAGAUUGACACUCGCAUCCCAUCGUCUGCGAUCUUCACCUUCAACAAAGAAGACCACACCCUCGGAAACCUGAUUCGCGCUCGCCUGUUGCAGAGCUCUCAUGUUCUCUUUGCUGCGUACAAGGUCCCACACCCACUUGUUCCCAAGUUUUUGCUUCGAGUUCAGACAGAUGGCGACAUCACCCCCAAGGAAGCCGUAAUUGCGGCCUGCCAUGAGCUUGUCCGGGAUCUGGGUAUCCUCUCGCGUGAAUUUACCAAAGAGUAUGAACUCCGCAAGAUGGUGGGAGCUACUGCCCAGCAGCAGAAUGGUGUCCAGGACGGUGUCUAGCUGUUCGACGAGGGUGCUAAGGAAAGGAGAGCUAGGUCGGCGGUCACAGACAUGCUUUUGCUUCGGAUCUACGCAGCUGGUCAUGCGUGUCUUUAUUUCAUGGUCAUACCCUUCAUUCUAUUCCUGUUCUCAUUGCCUCCUGUGAUUAGUGGGACCAAGCUCUACGCUCCAACUUGCCGUCGGGAAUGAUGUUAUUUGAUUCUGCCAUUCAUCCUCCCCCCUUUCACUCCGGUCCUCGGUACUAGAUGCUAGGUCCUGCUGCUAUGUUCCAUAGCUCCUGUAGAUACCUACCUAGUAGGGAGGACUUACUACAUAGUAGAUACUAUGGUGAAGGUGAC